AUGAAAAGUUCGUCACCAAAAAAUUAAAUAAUAAUAGAGAAAAGAGGGUUGAGUGAACAUGUCUAAGCUACAAGUAUCAACUCAGGAAGCAGAAAAUCGUCGAUUGUUGUUAAGGAUGGCAAUAAUUUAAAGGGAAAUCUAUAAAGUAUUUAAAAAUAAACAGAGAUAAAUAAUACUCAACUUAAGAAGGUUUCUAGUGCUGGAAAAUUACUGAUACCUAAAAAUGAUUAAUCAUAAUAAAAAUAAAAACGAUUUUCCUCAAAAGAAGGAGAUGGAUUAAAUGUAAUAAGAUCAGGUUAUUUAUACAAACAAAUAUCUCCAAAAGUAACAAUGUAAGAAGACAAAAUGAAUGUUGUAUUUGUUCAGGAACUCAAUAAAUAUUAAAUAAAUAAUGAACCAACUUCACCAAAAUCUCCAAAAUUAACAGAUGCUAAUUUAUUUAUGCAUGAAAUGUCAUAGAAUGGAUUUUAAUUGAAAGGACCUCAAUCACCAUCAUCUCAUGAUAUUCUCACAAAUGGAUAACUCAAAAAUAAGAUUCCCAAGAGUGUUUUAAGUCAUCAUCAAAAAUCUGAUACCAACAUCUGGAAGAGAAGAUAAAUGAAUAAAAAACGGAGCAAACAAUAUUAAAACACAGUCACCUACUAUUGA